UCAUUCAUCCCUCGGCACUCAUGCAUUAUCUCGAGUCUCCACGUUUUCAGGGUGGCAACCGAGGCAACGCUCUCCCAGUCUGCCAUCCCAUUGGCCGGCCACCACGCUCGUCACUCCCCCAUCCGUCGGAAGUACGUUCUCGUCCUGCGUCUCCCAACAGUCUGAACCCGCCUGCGAGCUCGCACUAUCGGCCUCUUCUUCACGCCUUUGCUCGGCUUGUCAAGCAGAAGUACGGGCUUGGCGAAUCGGAGAUCUGGCCUCGGAUUAUGCUACCAUUCCAAGCGACCAGAACGAUGCGGGAUUCGGUUGUUCUCCCGCUUUCCAAAAGCCAACCUCAGGAAUGAGCACUUCUGCUCCCUCGCUCGUGUUUUAUUCGCCAGGGCUGCGCGUAUGUGGGACAGUAGCGAGUCUAACAGCUUUAACAGCCUUCAGACAAAAGACGGCUGCGAAGUAAUAUUCACAAAUAGAAGGGGUCGUGGUCUCCAUUCUAUGGAGAAAGUGGGCAAGAUGUGGGGUAACCUCAGGAGUCGAUGCCAAGCUCUCUUCCAUAACGAUGGCUCAGAGUCCCAUCUGUGUAGCCAGGAUUUAGAUUGCGUCCACUGCGUGGUGGACUUGGGCAGGGGAGCACAUGCAGAACCCUAUGAAACUAGGUCUUCCACACCCUCAAGGACCUUGUCACCACUCCCACUGGUUACUGGAGGACGGAGAGGCCAUAACUGUGUGGCAGACAUUCAGAUAGUAGAAAUCUCUAUUGACAAAGAGAGCGAGGAUGCACGUAGGGGUCCCCUUGUCCGUAGGGACUCCUAUUCCCGGCACGCUCCCUGGGGAGGUAAAAAGAAACAUUCUUGUUCAACUAAAACACAAAGCUCACUCGAGGCUGACAGACGAACGGGACGCUCAAGAGGAAGUACAGCCAGGAGGGAGCGUCGAUACGGAGUUAGCUCUAUCCAAGAGAUUAAUGAUUCUGUCGGACCUGGCAGCAGUGGGCGCAGCCUUAGCACUCGUUCUCUGCGACAGCGACUUCGGGACACUGUAGGCUUGUGCCUUCCUCUUCCCACACACCGCCGCUCUCAGUCAGCCAAAGGCCAGGUGUCCUCCAAACGUAAGAUCCACCUGACUGAACUGAUGCUCGAAACGUGCCCGUUCCCACCCGGUUCGGAUCUGGCCAACAAGUGGCACCUAAUUAAGCAACAUACGGCGCCAGUCAGCCCUCAUUCCUCAACCGCUCUUUUGGACGCAUUUGAUUCAGCACAUCCUUCCCCUGAGGACGAGGAGGAGAGGCUGCGUGAAAGGCGUAGACUUAGCAUAGAGGAAGGAGUGGAUCCCCCUCCAAAUGCGCAGAUCCAUACGCUGGAGGCAACUUCACAGAACUCUUCCCUCUAUAAGCUGGGACCAAAGAUGGCUCCUGCUGUUGGGGAAGGACUUGGGGAAGGCAGAAGUCUGGGAACAGUGUCCUCUAUUUCUGGAGGGCUAUCGGGGAUUGCCGCACAGGUUGCAGCAAGUAUGGCAGUGCCAUCCCACACUGUAGACUGUGAUUCUGAGGAGGACUCGACUACUCUUUGCUUACAGACUCGGAGGCCCAAGCAGAGGCAUGCUUCUGGGGACACUCACUGCUCCAGACAGCCGGGGCCUUGGAAGGUCCACACACAGAUUGAUUAUAUCCAUUGUUUGGUGCCUGACCUACAGGCCAUAACUGCACUUCCUUGUUAUUGGGGGGUGAUGGACCGGUACCAAGCAGAAGCACUGCUGGACGGACGACCCGAGGGCACCUUCCUGCUACGCGACUCUGCACAGGAGGACUACUUGUUUUCUGUUAGUUUUAGGCGCUACAACCGUUCACUGCAUGCACGCAUCGAACAAUGGAAUCACAACUUUAGCUUUGAUGCGCAUGACCCCUGCGUCUUCCACUCUUCCACAGUAACAGGCCUGCUGGAGCACUAUAAAGACCCCAGUGCCUGUAUGUUCUUUGAGCCCCUGCUUACAGCUCCCUUACACCGGACUUUCCCUUUCAGCCUUCAGCACCUGGCGCGAGCCGCCAUCUGCAGACGCACCACCUACGAUGGCAUUGGUGCCUUGCCACUGCCUCCAACCAUGCAGGACUUCCUGAAGGAGUAUCACUACAAACAGAAAGUCCGUGUGCGCUGGCUAGAGAGAGAGCCACCGCUCAAGGUCAAAUGAGGUCUGGCUCUGCGCCCGAGAGAGGCUGGAGUGUGGGCAAGAGCUUUGCUGCCAGAGGAGUAUGUGGCUCAUAUUAUCCAUCAUACAGCUGGCUUUAGACAUGGCAACUGAGGAUGUUAUGAACUUCCAGCAGUUUUUUUUUCUUUUGGUUAAUACUACACAUGGAUUACAUACAUAUGUUUCAGUGCAGUACAUUCUGUCAAGCUUAUCCGCUGAAGUGUCGAGCAUGCUGGGAAUGAGAUGGUCUUAUUCUCUCUGCUCUUUUUCCUAUGACCUGAUAUCAUUCGUAUCUCCACUACCUGGCCCGCAUGCCCCCUGCAUUCUAUCUUCUAGUGUUUUACACUAUUUCAAGCAGUGUUGUCACAUUAACUAGCCUCUUUUGUCAGGCAAAUAGAUGACAUCUACAGAAUACUAGUCCGGUGAUUAAAAUAUAAUCAUAUAAUCUUGGAAGUCUUCAUACUUUAAUAUCUGCUACUCUCUAAAAUUGAUGUUAAAUAUCUAGUCACGUAAACUGUAUGUCUAUUUGCUAAGUCAUGGCUAAUGUAUCAGCAAUACCUUCAAGAUACUUUACAGUGACCUCCUACAAGUGUCAAGUUUCCUGAGGCAGCACUUGUUAAGCCUUGUGUACAUGGACAGGAUCACAGUUAUACACGCACCUCUUAGCACUAAGCAUGCUUUAUUUUUAAAAUCGAGGCAGACAGAAGUGAAAGGCAUGAAUUAAUUGCGGGGAGGAGGGAGCACGGUGCACCAUGUGCCAUAUGAUAGAGAGGACAGAUUAUUUAAAACUAGGCCCUCACGUAGUGUCAUAUCCAGCAUAAUCCUUGUUUUAAACAAUCUAUUUUACUAUUUUCUAUUUUUAUCGGUGACGGUCUAAAAUGACGUAUGGCACUUUAAUUGUUGUUUGUGUACCGCACAAUGACUUAGACUAAAGUACAUGCAUAUAAACAGAUUAUAUUGUUUGUCUGUGUGUUUUUUAUGGACCUUAUUGUCAAUUUAUCCCCCAUAUUCUCCGCAUGAGUCACCCGAAGUUUAUGUUAGUGUCAAGUGUCUCUUACCUUGCCUGUGCGUAUGGUAUGUACUCUAGACUGUAUUUUAGCUAACAUGGUUAUAUAUGCAACAGCCGAAGUGGACAGAGAAAGUCCUCUGUAAAAUUGUAUAGAUACCUCUAAGGUUGUUUUCACUUUAGAUAUUGUUGGAAAACAGACAGAUGCCAUCACUGCGUGUAUAUUUAAUGUUUAUUGGACUGCUGUCCAGUUAUGUCGUAAAGUGUGAUUGGUUCCACUUGAUAAUGUUGCACUUUUAUUCAUUAUGAAGCAAGCAGCUAUGCUUCCCUCAUCAUAAUUGUGUGCACUAGGGAUUGAGAUUUCCUGAACACUGUAAAGAUAUAGUUCUAAAAGUCUAUACUUUUGAUCUGCUUGGAUUUAGUCAAAAAAUUCAAUCAAAGUCAACAAAAUCACACUAAUAUGUUUAAUAUCAGAUGUUCAGCAUUGCAAUGGUAGACUUUUAAGGUCCAAGCAGAUUUCAAACCAUGCAUAAUAAUAUUUAAAACUGGUACAAUUUGCCAUUAGUUGGGUGUUUAAUGAUCAGUGACCAAAGGUGUGCAUCUCUAGGUUGUUAUUGUGAAUGACAAAUCUUCCACCAUGCGUUUUGAUUAUUUAUAUUGAGCUCAGUGACUUAAUUAUAGUGUCCAGUUUUCUGGCAGAGUAGCACUCAUUUUGAAGCCAUUUAUUUGAACUGCAGUUAAGUCCGCAAUUAAACUCUUUCAGAAUACACCUCGGUUGUCACCGAAGGGAAGUCAUUUUGUUAAUUUUAGAUAUUUUUUUUUUUUCACUCUAUUUUUUCGCUUAAAUGACCUGAAUAAAUACGCAAAACAGCCAUCUUUAAAUUUCUUUCACCCUGCACACUGUAUGCUCUGUAUACAGGCUCACAUUAUGUCAGCUGUGUAGCGGUACACGUCAGAUGAUGUCAUAUGCUUUCAAGACUUCAGCUUUGAGAAUAAUAUGCCUUUCAUUGAAUUUACAGACAAAAUAUAGUGCUCGGUCACAGCAGACAGUUUCACAACCUCUCCCCGAUCCAUACGUACGAUCCAAACUGGCCUGGUUUUAGUUGGUCUUCUAAGAUUUAGAUUGGUAGACCAAAUAGACCAACUUAAGUUGUUUUUUUUUUUAACACUUAAAUUUGACAACUGUUAUGUGUAGUCCAUUUUUUUUUUUUUUUGUAUUGUCAGUGUUUAGAAAAGAAGUACCAUGGUAUUACUGUUUUUUAGGAUAUGGUAAUUCCAUGGGAUACAUGGUUCUAUGUCCAAAUGGUUCUAUGAUGUCACUGUAACCUGGUACCGCCACAGAACAUUUUUUGUAAAGAAAUGCAUAUAACAAAUUUUUCCCUAUAGCAAAAGCUCAACGAUGCUGAGGGCAUUCAGCAGACAUUCGUGAUGCUCUUUCCCGUUUCAGGAAUGAGUUCAAAUGAUGCAGGCUGCUGCAUUUAUGACGGAAAGCUUCAUUUUCAAGGGUGUUGGUUCGAGGGCUGUUAAGCGCUUAGCGAUAGCCUGGUCCUCGCUAAAUCCUUUGGAUUUUUUUAAACACUGAGGCAUACUCAUGCAGUCGUUUGGGACUUUGUAUGCCACUGCACAGUGAGCGAGUCUCUCCUGGCAGAGUUACACCCUGCCCUGCCUUACAGGCACUAAUCACAGGCUAAAUUUAAUAUGCUAGCCUCUAAAUUUACCACCUGCUAAAAGGACCACUCUGUGUUUCUUGAUGGGUGCUGUGAAAAUAGAGAAGAGAGGGACUUUUUGCUCUAAUUUUUCCUCUUCCUCCCCGGUCUGACCACAUCCUCAGCAUCACCCUCUCUCUUGGAUAUGUAGUGCUGAAAGCAGCGAGCGUGUUGUUUGUCUAGUCUGGAUACUAGCUAAAGUUAGCAUUAGCAAGAGGCUAACGCACACAGUGCUCCAUUGAGGAACGUGCGAGGAAUGGGGAACCGCAGUCGUUAUUUAGUUAAAAGUAUUAUGAGGGAAGUGUAACACACCAAACUAAUCCAACACAGUGUUCUCCAGUGACUCAGGCCUGGUUUGUUGCAUUUAAAAUAGUGCGAGUAAAAUAGCAACAGUGGGACUGCAGAAGUCAACAAAGAUUACAGUGAGGAGUCUUGUUUGGAGACUUUUAUGAGCUGUGUCUUGUGCUUAUGGCCUGGGGAUGCUUUGUCCUUGUUUUCAUGGUUAACAACUUGAUCAUUUUGAAAACGCUUCUCUAUAUGGAGGAGUCUGAUGUUCUUUCUGCCCUUUUUCCCUAUGGGAAAUUUCUUAUGUCAGCCACUGUAGCACAUACUGACCACAUGACCAUGUCAAGUACACCCUGCUUGCAAACUAGCCAGUGAAAAAACUGCUUGAUACAUGCACGCAUACUCGUAUGUACCCAUAAAUGUUAAAUGUUGAGAUGUACCAGUGAAUUAUUGAGUGGACUUUAUGCUACAGACUGUGGCAGGGCAGCAGUUGAUCUUGAACUUACUAAUCCUUCUGUUUAGAUCGUAACUCUUGUAGCUGUACUUUAGUGCCAACGUGUAAAGCUCUGGGGCCUCAUUUAUGAAACGUGUGCAAUCGCAUAAUAGUUCUGUAUGAAAGCUGGUAAUUGCUGAGUAGUGAAAAUGACAAUGCAGAAAGUGUUUUCUGCCCAUUCAUUUAGACAGUUGUUCACUUUGCACUUCGCACAAGUCUUCCGAAAAUUAAGUCAGCAAACAUGCUUUUUGCUCGGUUUACAUGCAAAAACACUGCCGUGACCAUUUUAGCCUUCGUAAAUCCCAAUUUGUUCCAACACGGGAUCAAAUCCAUGGACUUUAGGAUUAAAUCUGAACUUACAUGGGUUUUAUAAAUGAGGCCUCUGAUCUUUUCGACUUUGGUGCCAAAAUAUGUUGCGAAAGGAGUUGAAUAAUAGUUUUAUGCAAGCAGAGUAGCAUUUAACGAAUUGUUAUUUUUACAUAAAUUGUAUCUCUAAUACACAUUGAGUGUGAUGUAACCGUGGUUGCAAUCUUAUGUCACUUUAAUGCUAUACGUGCACGCUUGUAGCAGUAUGUAUGUGGGCGCUGUAGUAACAGGGCUUGACGAUGAUGGGGGCUAAUGGUUGUCAUUCUGCCUCCUCGACCGCCUUAUACAUUCUGACCAAUCACAACAGCCUUCUCAGCUGCCACAGACUAACUGAUCUCUAAUCAUACAGUAUCACCAAAUGUUGUUCUCUGUUCCCUUCCGUUCUUCUUAUUUGAACUAAUAUCUGGAUGGAAAAGGUGUUUUUAGAAAAAGAUGUUCGCAUUUUAGUUUUUGUGUUUCGUUUGUCCUCUGAAUAUUUUCUUUGACUGUGUUGUUUUAUUCUUUGCAUAACCUGUUCAUCGUUACAGCCAAUGCACUUGUAGAUGUCACUCUUGGUGCUUUGUGAAUGCUUCAUUGUCUUAAUAUUAUUAAUAAAAGAUUGAGUGUA